AUGAUUCUUAGCUCGGCUAAGGCAAUAUGGGACUUUCUGGAAAAAGAAUAUCAUGGAGAUAAAAGAAUUAGGGGCAUCAAGGUCUUAAACCUGGUGAGGGAAUUUGAAAUGCAAAAAAUGAAGGAAUAUGAGACAAUUAAGGAAUACUCAGAAAAACUUAUUAGUGUGGCCAAUAAGGUAAAGUUUCUUGGCGACGAGCUUUCUGAUACAAGGAUUGUGCAGAAAAUCCUUGUUACUUUACCUGAAAAGUUUGAAGCAACAAUUGCUUCAUUGAAAAAUACAAAAGAUUUGUCAAAUAUUACUUUGGCAGAACUUUUGAACUCCUUACAAGCACAGGAACAAAAAAGAAUGAUGAGGAACGAGGCAACUGUUGAAGCUACGUUGCAAGCAAGGCAACAAUUCAAUUCUGGAGGCAAAGGCAAGAAGAAAAAGUUCAAUAAGGGCUAG